UUCAUGUGUCAUUUCAGCGUGAACUGAUGCCAGAAACGAGAUUUCGCAGCUCUUAGGAGGUUUUAGACACUAAUAAGGAAGCGAGUUAUAAUAAAUUCUAGUUUUAGGAAAGCGCCACAAAGAUCAUGUGCAAAAGCUCAACACUAACAUGAAGCUGACGGCUGCAGCGGAGCGUUUCUACCGAGAGGGACGAUUGUGAAGUUUGUUGGAACAAGAGACACUCGGAUUAUCAAAAGCGCAUUUUCUUCAACGCUUUUUGGGAGGACGAAAACAAAAUACAUAUUAAAAGAAAGCCAGUCUCUCACUGUUUAAUACUUUGAGAGUGAUCCCACCACCGUUUGACUUCUUUCCAGACUGCGUACAAAUAACGGCAGGCGAUGGUGAACAGCCGUGUGGAAAGCACCGCCGUUGCGGUAACAGGAGGUAGCGGCGGGGCAGUGCGCUCCUGUGCAGGCUGUGGAGGUCGGAUCUCAGAUCGCUUCCUGCUCUUCUCCAUGGAUCGGUACUGGCACACGCGUUGCCUGAAGUGCUCCUGCUGCCAGGCUCAGCUAGGAGAAAUCGGCAGCACCUGCUUCAGCAAAGGAGGAAUGAUCCUCUGCAGGAACGAUUACAUCAGGUUGUUUGGUCACAGUGGAGCCUGCAAUGCCUGUGGACAGUCUAUCCCUGCCAGUGAAAUGGUGAUGAGGGCCCAGGGUAACGUCUACCAUCUAAAGUGUUUCACUUGUGCCACAUGUCGAAAUCGUUUGGUGCCUGGUGACAGAUUUCACUAUGUCAACGGCACCAUCUUUUGUGAACAUGACCGACCAGGUGGAGCUUUGCUCAGUAGUCACCUGACCCCCCUGCAGAGCAACACCCUCCUACCCGACCAAAAGGUGUGCUGAGAAAACAUGGAUUUAUAAUUUACGGUGUGCCUUUUCUUCGUAUUUUUCCUCACAUCUUUCCUUCAAUCUAUCAUUGUGAAAGUCCACCCACAGCCAGGAUCUUCCACCCCACUUUCGUGCAUCCAGCCACCUUAGAAGACGAAUUCAUAACUACGCAAGUACUGUGAGUCACUUGCGAGACAAUCACCCCUGACGAGGGAAACGUAAUCAUAUUGAAGAAAGUCGGUCUGUCUGGUCAUGGCUGGGAUGGCCCGACCCUGAAAGGCUUAGACUCUUAAAGAGCAGCUAAUUAAAGCUGGGGUGAUGCUCAACAUGAUUUUAUUCCCUUUUGAGAAGUUUCUCAAGAAAUGUUGUGGACAUUACUUGACAUUUUGGACUGCGGGGGUCUGUGGAUUAUGAUAGAUAUCACUACUUGCCCACAAAAUGACAUCCAUAGAUCAAAAGACCGUUAAAACUCGCAGUUUGUUUCAGUGGUGGUUGCCUUUUGCUUACAGGCUCUUUUCACUUUAAGUGUAAUUUUAUUCUAUCUUUUUUUAAAACGCUCUGUCGUCUUUGGUGCCUAAAAAAACUUCUUAUUUCCUCCUUUUAUCAUUAGCAAGUAAUCAUGCACAUGCACAGUACAGAUACGUGAACAUGUAUUGUUUUGUCUAUUCGAGUUUAUGACAUAUGAAGCGUAGACUGAGUCGUAGACUGCAGAGGAAACAGCAUGUUUUUUUUCCCAUGGUUUGGUAGAAUAAAUUAUAUGUCUGUAUGCAUAUUCUCUAAUAGAGACUGCUAUUCAGUGUCUGCCAAGAUGUUUGGGAGAGUGAGGGAGAUGGAGAGUAAAAUUGUACAUAUUUCAUGUGCUCUUGUAUCGUGUUCAAUGGUUGACCUGUUUCCUUGUGUCCUCUGUUUAAAUGGAGGAGCUUUCAAACAAUAAGAUAUCUGUAAAAGAAAAAAAAAUGCUUAAUUAAAUAACUGUAAUCAUCACAAAUGCCGUCUUGACAUCUCUGCUCAGUGUACAUCAACAUUUGAUGGUUUUGGCUCAGUGUGUUGGACUUUCAUUGGAAGUCGAGAUGGCUCUCCAAUAGUCCUUGGCCAAAAACACGGUUCAUUACCUCCAGAUUUCAACACAAACUCUUGCAUCUGCAUCAUUAUAGAGAGUAAUGAAAGGCAUUUGAGCUGGCACUUUCUCUUUCUCCUGCUGAGAUUUCAAUCUGCGGGUCUUGUUAAAGGAGGUCUUGUGCAUCUCUGUGAGCGUCUCUACAGAAAUGAACAUUAGAUUCCCGCCCUUUUCUUUCAUCUGGCCCUCCUCUCAACAUUUCAUUUACUUCUUCAAAAUCUGCCUUUUUCUGAUCUGAUUUGCUGAGCUUUGAAAAGUUUUCUCAUUAUGGCAUUUCUGGUAAUUGCCUUUUGUCAUUAAAUUCCCCCAUAUCUUGUUUAUUUAAUUAGCUAAUUAAACCCAUCUCUGUUUU